GGUUUGCCCGAGAAGCCGCAGUCCCGGCGGCUCGGGCGCAGCACGGGAGCCCCUUGGAGUGUGGAGCGCCGCUCGCGGACCCGACCGAACAUGUUCCCGCGCGGGCGAGCCCCCGGUGCCGAGCUCGGGCGCCUGAGAACUUAGCAGGGGGCUCCUGCGGCCCCGCCGCGGCCAUGUAGUCGCCGGCGGGGCUCCCUGCAGCCCGGGAGCGGCAGCGCCGGUGAGCCAGAGCCCAGGAGCCCGCGUCUUCCCCUGGAGGCGCUGAGUGCGCGCCGCGCCCCCGCCGCCUCUCGGGCAGCACUUUGGGCCGGACAGGGAAAUGGGGGAGAAAGUUUCGGAGGCGCCAGUGCCGGUGCCCCGCGGCUGCAGCAGCCACGACAGCCGGACUCCAGCCUCUGUGACGGUCGCCGCGUCUUCUCUGGGUGCUUCCUCGGCCGAGUCCUCCUCGGGCUCAGAAACUCUGUCGGAGGAAGGGGAGCCCGGCGGCUUCUCCAGAAAGCAGCAGCUGCCGCCGCCGCCGCCGCCGCCGCCGGGAGGCGCCCUGGGGGCCCGGCCGCCCGCCGCGUGGGCUCCGGCACGCGUGUUGCUCGAGCGCGGAGUCCCUGCGCUGCCGCCGCCACCCCCCGGAGGAGCUGCGCUGCCCGCGCCCCGGGGCAGCAGCGCGUCCCAGGAGGAGCAGGACGAGGAGCUUGACCACAUAUUAUCCCCUCCACCCAUGCCGUUUCGGAAAUGCAGCAACCCAGAUGUGGCUUCUGGCCCUGGAAAAUCGCUGAAGUAUAAAAGACAGCUGAGUGAGGAUGGAAGACAGCUAAGGCGAGGGAGCCUGGGAGGAGCCUUGACUGGGAGGUACCUCCUUCCAAACCCGGUGGCGGGACAGGCCUGGCCGGCCUCUGCAGAGACGUCCAACCUCGUGCGCAUGCGCAGCCAGGCCCUGGGCCAGUCAGCGCCCUCGCUCACCGCCAGCCUGAAGGAGCUGAGUCUCCCCAGAAGAGGAAGUCUGUAA